GGCUGGGGAUAAGACUAAGGGCAGAGGCGGAGCGCUCCACAACGAGGAACGUCCAUUCGCUGGCACCACACCCGGAACCCUGAGUCAUCACCCGCGUUCCAAAGGCGCCUCAACGCACCCAGCUUCGCUCAGCCGGCAAAACCGGCGGAAGAGGAAGAACGCGGCUGCGCAAGGAGAGGAACCCGGAAGCGGCUUGAUCGAAAUAGUAAGCCGCGGCCCGCCGAGGGGAGGAAUAGCAAGGAGUCAGCGUGGCCAGUCAGCCAGCGGAGGAGCAGUGGAGAGGUUUACCUGUUGGAGGUGAAUUUAAUGCCUCAUCAUACGGAUCACUGAAUGGGUAAUAAAUGGCUCUUCCUCGCCUAACAGGAGCCCUGCGCUCCUUUUCAAAUGUCACUAAACAAGAUGAUUACAGUGAAGAUUCUGCUGACUUAACGAAGAAAAGAUCCAAAUUACAAGAAGAGCAAUUAAACUCUGGUCUUAUCUGGAAGAAAAUAGUUAAAUUUAUUGAUGAAAAUUCAGACAAGGAAAACAAACAAUCUCUGCUUGGUGAUUUAAAGACAGUACUACAAGCUGCCAAACAAAUAGUGGGAUCUGAGAAUGGGCAAGAAGCAAUUGAAAGUGCUGCUGUUUUCCUUUUUAAAACAUUCCACGCAAAGGAAUGUGUUGGCCAUGAGGAGACAAAAGCCAUCAAGCAGAUGUUUGGGCCCUUUCCCUCAUCUUCUGCAACUGAAGCCUGUGAUGCCACGUGUCGGAUUGCUUCUCACUUCACAGAAGAUCAGCUUGCUGUCCUUCUGCAGGUGGCAGAAGACCAAAACAGUGACAGGAAAUUGUGUUUUGGUAAAAACAUAGCCUUUUCCUUUGACAUGCAUGAUUUGGAUCACUUUGAAGAACUGCCAGUCAAUGGUGCAAUCGAUGAACAGAAAAUAAUUAGCUUAGAUUAUAAGAAAUUUCUAAAUACCUAUUUGGAACCUUUCCCAAAUUGCUAUGACCACAGUUCUGGCAUGAAGUCAUCGGACAAAGUGGAUGAUUCUUUUCUGUGGUGUGAGGUUGGGAAGUAUCUGAAUGAAUCGCUAAAGGGAACCCCAGGAGGCCCAACAAUGGAGCAUCUUUGCUGCACUUUGUAUGAGAUGCUUGCUUCACAUAAAAGUGGUGAUGAACUUCAGAAUGAGAUGAAUCAACAUCCAAGGCUCCCAAAUGUUUUCCAGCUGCUGCUUUUCUUCCUAGCUGAAACAGAACCAAAGGUUUCCCUUGGAGCACUCGGAUCGCAGCUGCUUUCUGUCCUACUAUGGGCAAAUCAUCUGAUCCGUUUAUAUAAUCAAUUGGUUUCUUCUGAAAUGGGGUUGUUUGAGCUGCUAGGACCUGAGGGAUUUGAACUCAUAGAGAAACUCCUACAGAACAGAUCAGCAAUUGUGGAGGGAUCUUUUUCUGGACCAAAUGAUUAUAAGCUACAAUAUCUGCAAGAACAGUGCAGAAAGUUUGCAGGAGAAAACACUAAGCCCAACUAUGGCUGUCAAGUCACAAUUCAGUCUGAGCAAGAGAAGCAGUUAAUGAAACUGUAUCGUCGUGAAGAAAAACGAAAUGCCAGGCGAGAAAAACGAAGUGGGGAGGAUGGAGACCUUUUUAUUGAUGGAGGAAUGGGCUUUGAUCCCAAAGAGCUGCGGAUGCAAAGAGAACAAGCACUUUUGAAUGCUCGCAUUGUGCCAGUGCUAGGCAGACAGCGAGACACGGAAUUUGAAAAAAUUCAUUACCCGCACGUUUAUGACUCACAAGCUGAAGCUAGGAAAACCUCCGCAUUUAUUGGGGGGUCAAAGAUGCUUCUCCCAGAAGGUAUUGAGAGAGAAAAUAAUAAAAUGUAUGAAGAAGUAAAGAUCCCUCACAGUGAUCCAAUGCCUAUUGGUUUUGAGGAAAAAUCAGUUUACAUUAAGGAUUUAGAUGAGAUUGGGCAACUUGCUUUUAAAGGCAUGAAAAGAUUAAAUCGAAUCCAGUCCAUUGUUUUUGAAACUGCCUACAACACAAAUGAAAACAUGCUAAUCUGUGCGCCCACGGGGGCUGGAAAAACAAACAUUGCCAUGUUAACCGUUCUGCAUGAAAUUCGUCAGCAUGUUCAGCAAGGAGUCAUCAAAAAGGACGAGUUUAAGAUUGUUUAUGUUGCUCCUAUGAAGGCAUUGGCAGCUGAAAUGACAAAUUACUUCAGCAAGCGGCUGGAGCCACUAGGCGUCACAGUGAAAGAGCUGACUGGUGAUAUGCAGUUGUCGAAAAGUGAGAUUCUACGAACUCAGAUGCUUGUGACCACUCCAGAGAAAUGGGAUGUUGUGACAAGGAAGAGUGUGGGAGAUGUAGCCCUCUCCCAACUAGUGAAGCUGCUUAUUCUUGAUGAAGUGCACCUUCUACAUGAAGAUAGAGGACCUGUGCUAGAAAGCUUAGUGGCACGCACCUUACGGCAGGUUGAAUCUACACAAAGCAUGAUUAGGAUCUUGGGCCUUUCAGCCACUUUACCUAAUUACCUUGAUGUUGCUACAUUUUUGCAUGUUAAUCCUUAUAUUGGGCUAUUUUAUUUUGAUGGUCGUUUUCGGCCUGUUCCGCUUGGGCAGACAUUUAUUGGGAUCAAGACAACCAACAAGGUACAGCAGCUGAAUAAUAUGGAUGAAGUUUGUUAUGAAAAUGUCUUGAAGCAAGUAACAGCUGGACAUCAGGUGAUGGUAUUUGUUCACGCUCGAAAUGCCACUGUCAGGACUGCUAUGGCUCUUUGUGAAAAAGCUAAAAAUAAUGGUCACAUCUGCUACUUUUUGCCAGCCCAAGGUCCUGAGUACGGACAACUGGAAAAACAAGUGCAAAGAUCCAGAAACAAGCAAUUGCGUGAAAUGUUUCCAGAUGGAUUCAGUAUUCAUCAUGCAGGAAUGCUGCGGCCAGACAGAAAUUUGGUAGAGAACUUGUUUUCUCGUGGCUAUAUAAAAGUCUUGGUUUGUACAGCUACGUUAGCCUGGGGUGUCAAUCUUCCAGCUCAUGCUGUCAUUAUUAAGGGAACACAGAUCUAUGAUGCAAAAAGAGGCUCCUUUGUUGACCUUGGAAUUUUAGAUGUCAUGCAGAUAUUUGGUCGAGCUGGACGACCUCAGUUUGACAAAUUUGGAGAAGGCGUCAUUAUUACAACACAUGACAAAGUCAGCCAUUAUCUGACUCUGCUUACUCAGCAGAAUCCAAUUGAGAGCCAGUUUCUUGAAAGCCUUGCAGACAACUUGAAUGCAGAGAUUGCUCUCGGAACAGUGACAAAUGUCGAGGAAGCAGUAAAGUGGAUAAGUUACACUUACCUUUAUGUACGGAUGAGAGCAAACCCAUUAGUAUAUGGCAUCAGUCACAAGGCUUAUCAGAUGGAUCCAGGAUUAGAGAAGCAUAGAGAACAGCUAGUGAUAGAAGUUGGCCGAAAGUUGGACAAAGCCCGGAUGAUUCGUUUUGAAGAGAGAACUGGAUUUUUUUCUUCUACAGAUUUGGGCAGAAUUGCCAGCCAUUACUACAUUAAAUAUAAUACAAUUGAGACUUUCAAUGAACUGUUUGACGCUCAUAAAACAGAAGGUGACAUUCUUGCUAUAGUAUCUAAAGCAGAGGAAUUUGAACAGAUUAAGGUGAGAGAAGAAGAAAUAGAGGAACUAGAAGCCUUGCUGAGUGAUGUCUGUGAACUACCCGCUCCUGGUGGUGUAGAGAACAGUUAUGGGAAAAUAAAUAUCCUUCUGCAAACAUAUGUUAGCCGAGGAGAGAUGGACAGCUUUUCCCUUAUUUCAGAUUCUGCUUAUGUUGCACAGAAUGCAGCACGUAUCGUCCGGGCCCUUUUUGAAAUAGCUCUUCGAAAACGCUGGCCUGCAAUGACAUACCGACUACUGAAUCUCAGCAAAGUUAUUGACAAGAGAUUGUGGGGUUGGGUCAGCCCUUUGCGACAAUUCUCAACCCUUCCGCCAUCUGUCCUUUUCAAACUGGAACAAAAGAAUCUCACAAUUGAUAAGCUGAAGGACAUGAGGAAAGAUGAAAUAGGUCACAUGCUCCACCAUGUGAAUAUUGGAUUAAAGGUCAAACAGUGUGUCCAACAAAUUCCCUCAAUUACAAUGGAAGCAACCAUCCAGCCAAUUACACGUACGGUACUGAGAGUUAAGCUGAACAUCACUUCUGAUUUCAAGUGGAACGAUCAGGUACAUGGAACAGGUGGAGAGCCCUGGUGGAUUUGGGUGGAAGACCCUACCAAUGAUCACAUUUACCAUUCAGAAUAUUUUAUUAUUCAAAAAAAACAGGUCAUUGCAAAAGAAAUUCAACUGUUGGUUUUCACAAUCCCAAUUUUUGAACCACUACCAUCCCAAUAUUAUAUCCGGGCUGUGUCUGACAGAUGGUUAGGAGCUGAGGCUGUAUGUAUUAUCAAUUUUCAGCAUCUGAUUCUGCCAGAAAGACACCCACCUCAUACAGAAUUACUGGAUCUCCAGCCUUUACCUAUCACAGCUUUGGCACAUCCUGAGUAUGAAGCCCUAUACAAAUUCACUCAUUUCAACCCAAUUCAGACCCAGAUAUUCCAUACGUUGUAUCACACAGAUUGUAAUGUUCUUCUUGGAGCUCCCACUGGCUCUGGAAAGACAGUUGCAGCAGAAUUGGCUAUCUUUAGAAUUUUCAACAACUAUCCUACAUCAAAGGCAGUGUACAUUGCUCCCCUAAAAGCGCUGGUGCGAGAGAGAAUUGAAGACUGGAAAAUUAGAAUUGAAGAAAACCUUGGCAAAAAGGUUGUGGAGUUGACAGGGGAUGUGACUCCAGAUAUGAAGUCAAUUGCCCAAGCUGAUCUUAUUGUUACUACACCAGAGAAGUGGGAUGGAGUCAGUAGAAGUUGGCAGAACAGAAGCUAUGUUCAAAAAGUUUCCAUUCUCAUCAUCGAUGAAAUCCAUCUGCUAGGGGAUGAGAGAGGCCCUGUGCUGGAAGUUAUUGUGUCUCGUACUAACUUCAUCUCGUCUCACACAGAAAAGCCUGUCAGAGUUGUUGGCCUGUCGACUGCUUUAGCUAAUGCCAGGGAUCUUGCUGAUUGGCUAAAUAUUAAUCAGAUGGGACUGUUCAACUUCAGGCCAUCAGUGCGUCCAGUUCCAUUGGAAGUGCACAUUCAGGGCUUCCCAGGCCAGCACUACUGUCCUCGUAUGGCUAGCAUGAACAAGCCAGCAUUUCAGGCUAUUAGGAGCCAUUCUCCAGUCAAGCCAGUUCUUAUCUUUGUAUCAUCCAGACGUCAAACUAGACUUACUGCCUUGGAGCUGAUUGCUUUCUUGGCAACUGAGGAUGACCCAAAACAGUGGCUGAACAUGGAUGAAAGAGAGAUGAACGUCAUCAUAGCAACAAUCAGAGAGUCUAAUCUCAAACUGACUCUUGCUUUUGGAAUAGGCAUCCACCAUGCUGGCCUGCAUGAACGAGACAGAAAAACUGUUGAAGAGUUAUUUGUCAAUUGCAAAAUCCAAGUCCUUAUUGCCACUAGCACAUUAGCCUGGGGUGUCAAUUUUCCAGCACAUUUAGUCAUUGUUAAAGGGACAGAAUUUUAUGAUGGAAAAACUAGGCGUUACGUUGAUUAUCCAAUUACAGAUGUUCUUCAGAUGAUGGGACGCGCUGGUAGACCUCAGUUUGAUGAUCAAGGAAAAGCAGUGAUUCUAGUUCAUGACAUCAAGAAAGACUUCUACAAAAAAUUUCUUUAUGAGCCUUUCCCAGUAGAAUCAAGUUUACUGGAAGUUCUGUCUGAUCAUUUAAAUGCUGAAAUUGCAGCUGGCACUAUAACUUCAAAGCAAGAUGCAAUGGAUUAUAUCACCUGGACCUAUUUUUUUCGUCGCCUUAUUAUGAAUCCUAGUUACUAUAAUCUAGAUGCUGUGAGCCAUGACAACAUGAACAAGUUCCUUUCAAAUCUUGUUGAGAAAUCACUCGUUGAUCUGGAAUACUCUUACUGCAUUAAAUUAGGGGAGGAUGACCGCAGCAUUGAACCUCUGACUCAUGGCCGCAUUGCUUCAUAUUACUAUUUGAAGCAUCAAACUGUCAAGAUGUUCAAGGAUCAUUUAAAACCUGAAUGUGGUGUUGAAGAACUGCUCUCAAUUCUGACAGAUGCUGAAGAAUAUGCAGACCUCCCAGUACGACACAAUGAAGAUCAAAUGAACAGUGAACUGGCCAAACAUGUCCCCAUUGAAGUCAAUCCACAUUCUUUUGACAGUUCGCAUACAAAAACCCAUCUUCUGAUGCAAGCUCAUUUUGAACACGCUGUGCUACCUUGCCCGGAUUAUGUCACUGAUACCAAGACAGUGUUAGACCAGUCAAUUAGAAUAUGUCAGGCAAUGCUGGAUAUUGCAGCACACCAGGGCUGGUUGGUGACUGCUCUAAACAUAACCAGUUUGGUACAGAUGCUGAUUCAGGGGCGAUGGAUCUACGACUCCUCUUUGCUUACUUUACCUAAUAUAGAAUAUCACCAUCUUCACCUUUUCAGGAAAUGGAAUCAAAGGAAAAGGAAGGGUGGUUACCAAGGGCCUAUUGAAUGUCUUCCUGAACUGAUUGCUGCAUGUGAUGGAAAACAGAAUAUUUUUGCUUCUAUUGUAGACUGUGAUUUCCAAGCCACACACAUUACCCAGGCUUGGCAUUUCUUGUCCCACUUGCCUAUUAUAGAAGUUAAUAUGAUUAUUAAAGAUUGUUCAGAUGAUGCAGUUCAAGAACGGAAUGAAAUACGUAUCCCAUUGUUGGCAACCAGCAUACGGGAUGACAAAAAGUGGAUCAGGUUGCAUGCAGACCAAGAAUAUGUCCUCCAGAUAAACUUGCGGAGAUUGCAUAUAGGUUAUACCAAGGGCAAGCAAGACAGCAAAGCCAUUGCACCACGAUUUCCCAAGACCAAAGAUGAAGGGUGGUUCUUGAUCCUAGGAGAAGUGGACAAAAAAGAACUCGUUGCUUUGAAAAGAGUUGGAUAUGUCAGAAAUCAGAGUGUAGUUUCAGUUGCUUUUUACACCCCAGAAGCUCCUGGAAAGUAUAUCUACACAUUGUAUCUUAUGAGUGACAGUUAUCUCGGAAUGGACCAACAGUAUGACAUUUAUGUGAACACCCUGCCAACUAGCAUGUCAGCACAGGUCAACACAGAGUUCUCUUAUGUCUUAAAUGACCUGGCUCUGAAAUAACAUGGUCUAUGUACUCUCUUGUGCUCGCAUGUUCAUUCUGGGAAACUGUGUUUGCCUUAGUGCAAUCAGCAUCAAACUUCGACACCCAGGAAAUUGAAAAUGACUACUGUAUUGAUUCUGAUAACACAGAGUUAGCCACAGAGGCCUUUUACCUGAUAAAAGAGUUGCAUUUUUUAAAAUAAAUCAUUUUCUAGAUUUCUUGUAAAGUGACUCUGUUUUCCUAUUUAUAUAUGCCAUCGUUGGUUUUGGCAGUAUGCAACAGGAGUGGAUAAUUUGCAAACACUAACCUUUUCAUUACGUUUCAAGCUAUCAUUAUUGUAGCCACUUUCUGUCACCCAAAUACACUAUUUACAUAUAAGUUAGCUGGAGAUUUCACACCCACUCUUGAAGAGGCAACCUGUGGUUGGAAGAAAGCUCCAGCUGCGUUGAUGGUUUCUUGGCUUGUGUACAAUGUCUUUCGAUUGCAGCUACUCUGUGUACAUAGAUUUUCCCCCCUUUAAUGUAUAAGACAUAAGGAAAAAUGUUGCUGAGGUACAUUGCAAGGUUUUGUAUUGAAGACAAAUGCCUGUGACAAAAUUGUCAUCCCAGAAUUUUCUCUGUAAAACAUAUAGGACGUAGUAAUAAAAGUUCAGCACUUAAGCACAUCAUAUGUUUGAAAAGUCAUUGUACCCGUGGGUCUUUUAAAGGAUUUCAGUAUUCAUUGUACAUUUAAUAGACUAUGGCUUUUCAGAUUAUUUAAAAAGGGGUCCAAGCUAGAAAUGUGAAGGAGCAAUGCACUUCUGAUGUUAGUAGGAUGAUUUGUAUUAUAUUUUAUGCAGUGGGUUAAGUCUGUUUUGUUUUUCUAAAACAUGGAAAUGAAGGGUGCCAUUGCGCUUGACAAAUGUAUUUAGAAGGGCCCACUUUACUGCUAGAACUAAACAGAUGUUAAGUAGUAUUUAUUAUUUAUUAAUAUGAAAUCCUGUAACAAAGUUAUCUGGGCAGCUUACAAUAAUGUAUAAACAA